AGGAAGCUUUGAAGACCACGAACAUCAAGCGAAGCAUAUCAAGUUUGGUAGUCGUAAGAUAGUACGUUUCUAAUAAAUGCGAUGUCUUCACCUGAAGAUUCUGAGGUGGUAAACGUGGAAAUGGAUUCAAUAGAAAAGAAUAUUGACAUAUUGUCUUUUGAUGGUGGAGGAAGUCGAGGUGUGAUGGAAGUGAAAAUUCUCGACGACGUUUUACGAUUAGCAACGAUUGUGUUAAGAAAUCCUCUAACAGUACACUAUCUCGUAAACGAAGAAUGUAAUGAACGGAAAAAGCAUUUUUUGGAAAAUCUGGUCGUUCGAGAACGUCUUAUUAAUGAUAUGAACGCAGUUAAGGAUCCCCUUCAUCCUGCCGAUGUGUACGAUAUGAUAGUUGGUACCAGUACAGGAGCUCUUGUUGCGUUUGGCUUAGUUGGUGGGAAAAGAGUUGGAAAAUAUCACCAUAUAAGAGAACGGAUGAGUGUUGAUGAAUGCAUUCAGAUGUAUCUUACAAAAACGAAGAUCAUUUUCAAGAAGACGUUAAUGCAAAAGUUUCUUUCUUGUAUCCCAAUGUUGUCCAGCAUUCCCCUUGGAACAUACUCACAAGCCAACGUAAAGAAAGUUGUAAAAAAGCAGUUUAGUGAUUGCAGCCUUGAAGAUUUUCGCAAACUCCACGAUUCAAAAUGCGUAGCCGGAGCUGUUGCCAGAAGACUCGGCAGAUACGAAGAUCUUGUGCUGUUUGAUACGGCAAACGAAGACUAUAAGAAUUACAAGGCUUACAAAGUCUUACUCGCUUCCUCAAAUGCUCCAAUAUACUUUGACACUCCAGUUAAAAUUGGCAACGACGAAUUUGUCGACGGUGGUGUUGGUGCAAAUUGUCCUUUAAGACAAGCUAUACCACGUGCACAAACAGUUUUUGCAAAAGAUGGUAAACAAGUAAAAAUUGUUUCGGUUUUAUCAAUUGCACCACCCUCGUCUUCCAAAUCAGAAAUUCCUUCUCAUGGUGGUCUUUCGAGUUGGUUGUAUUAUUUUGUGAAUGCAUCCACCGAUGGAUAUGCAGUUUUUAACGACCUUGUGGAGAAAAACAGAGGGAACAAAACUUUGUUUCAAAGGCUGUCGCCACGUGGUAAGAGCUUAAAAAAAUUCAAGCUUGAUGAAAUUAACGUCCAAAACAUGAUAGAUGCCAUGGAUGACGAAAAACUUCACAACGACAUGUUUCUCGUCGACGUUGUUGCCUCCGCAAUGCUUGUUGUACUCGCGUCCAUUGAUAAAGGACAACACUAUCAAAAAAUAUCUCCAGAAAUUGCCUCACAACUUGCUCAAGCUGCAGGACUUGCACAUCAAAGCAAGAGAGAAUAUGAAUCUGCAAUCAUUUCGUACAAAACAAGCAAGCGUCUUCUGCAAAGGAAAGUUAGGGUUGACGAACAGGACGAUUUUACCAUGAUGAAGAUUACUUAUAACAUAGCAAAAUGCACAAAAAAACAAGGAAAUUUUCAAUUGGCAAUUUAUUUACUCAAAACCAGUGUCAGAGACCUUCUCUGCUAUCAAGGUGACCCAAAGUCUGACUUGCUUCUUGUAGAUUCUUUGAUUGAGAUAGCAGACAUUUACAUGGAAACAUUUCGAUAUGAUGAUGCGGAAACAUAUCUAAAUGAAGUAAUCGUAAAUUACAUCAAAGAGAAGCAGAAAUUUGCUCGCAUCCUAAUUUAUGAAGGAUGGUGCAAGCAGCAACUAGGAAAAUAUGACGAAGCUGUCAAUCUUUACAGGGAGGCAGCUACAUACACCGCAGACGACGUUAAUCCUGAAAAGGCAGAAAUUCUCAAUAACAUUGGAUUGUGUUUCUUAAGUCUUGGAAUGAUAGAAAAAGCCCUCACUUUUGUUCUUCUAGCCCAAGAUGUAAGGGAUAAGUUAAGCAAAGAGAAAAACGAUCCUCUUGUCGCCGAAUCUUAUUUCAACGUUGGGUUUUGUUUGUUAAAGAAAGGUGACUUCGAUGCGGCUAAGAAAAAUCUGGAGGAUGCUAAAGCUAUAUACGAAUACAUUGGAGACAAGAUAGGCGUCUCUCUAAUACUGAGAAAUUUAGCAAGGUAUCUGACCUUAAAAAAUCCACCCGAUAACGAUCUUGCUUUGGUCUAUGCCCAACAAGCUCAGGAAAAGAUGAAGAAAUAUGUUCUUGAUUAUGAUAAUCCCGGAAUUGCCGUUAACCUGUCAGUUCUUGGUCUUUGCCUUUUCAACGCAGAAAGAUUCGAAGAAGCAAAGAUGAACCUGUUGGAAGCUUUGGACAUGAUUGAAAAUUUGUUUUCUGAAAAUCAUCCAUGGCUGAUAGAAAUUUAUCAGCUGCUCUACGAUAUAUUUGUGAGAUAUGGCGACCUGGCGAAAGCGGAAAAUUACAAACGAAAGAGAGCUAGGAUAUACAGCGAGAUAAACAAAAUGGCCAAGAAUAUAGACACUACCAGUGAAGUAAGGUGGAAGUCUCUUCCUUACCAUCCUUUUUCUAUAAACAGUAGGAGCAGUUUCUAACUCCUGAAGUCAAUUAAAGUUCACAUAGUUUGAAUUACGACACAGUCUGCCAUUUGGAUUGGUACGUCUAUCAUAAUAAAUACGAAAUACAGUAGCAAAUAAAAGACAAUACAAGAAUGGACAUAGUUGACAAUUUCAUUGCUUUCAUAUGUUUUCAUUAUAUCCACUCGCAUACAACACUGUAAGUAGAAAGUCAUUGAAUAAUGGAGGCGUUCAUUUUAAAAAAAAUUCUUUGCGACUGCAAGCGGUCAUGGUUUAAUAUGUCAUGGUUGUAGCACAAUAAUACGCAGAAAUAAAUGUUCAAUACAAA